AUGCCAAAGAAGAGAGCUUCCAACGGUAGAAACAAGAAGGGUAGAGGUCACGUCAAGCCUGUCAGAUGUGUCAACUGUUCCAGAUCUGUUCCAAAGGACAAGGCCAUCAAGAGAAUGGCUAUCAGAAACAUCGUUGAAGCUGCUGCUAUCAGAGAUUUGUCUGAAGCCUCUGUCUACGCUGAAUAUGCUCUUCCAAAGACCUACAACAAGUUGCACUACUGUAUUUCUUGCGCUAUCCACGCUAGAAUUGUUAGAGUCAGAUCCAGAACUGACAGAAGAAUCAGAGCUCCUCCACAAAGACCAAGAUUCAACAGAGACAACAAGGUUUCUCCAGCUGAUGCCGCUAAGAAAGCUUUGUAA